GAUUGCACCUGUAGUGUCUGAUUUGCCAGCCAGGGUCAAUCACUGCCUGCCAAAAUCAGCGAGCCCUCCAAGGAAAACCAAUAACGUCGUGAGUGUGACCUGGAAUGGCUGUCCUCACAAUUGCCUGUGUGGCGGUGUGCCUGUCCUUCUGCAGUGUGGCGGUACAAAGUACUACAGUGAGCCAAAUUCCAGUGAUCACUCCCUAUGACUAUAUAGGAAAGAUCACUACCAACACAAUCAUACUGAAACCACCCCAGUGUUACUUCAACACAUCAUUAUUAAACUGCACUUCAGAGACAUGUCAGAUAUAUGUGGUUCCUGCAGUGGGAUCAGGACCCAAAAACUUUGAUCAAGACAAGCGUUCUCAAAAUUCAAGCAUUCUCAGCCUAUCUCCUUAUCCAACUGCCUUCGCCAGCAACACUUCAAAGAACUAUUACCUGACGAAGGUUGGGCCUCCAGAAAGCUACACCUGCACACAGACCAGUGGGAUGACCUAUUUCCUGGUUGGAUCAGAUGGAAACUGUUCUGAUCCAAACUGCAAUGGAAUAUUACCUACUGGCUCAAAAGUCAGAUUUAAGUACAUCCUUGUCAACAAGCCGAACGACAAAAUCCGUCAGGAGACCAACUGGUCCACCCCCAUCACCCUUUAUUCUCCGAAAAACCUGAGCACGAUUAACGAUGGCUUCAGUGGGAGAUCUGCUGCCAUGGUGGUGAUCACGACCAUCCUGUGCGUCGCGCUUGGCCUGCUGUUACUGCUGCUGCUUGUGGGGCUGAUUUACGCCCAUUGCUGCCGUCAAAGGUCGGAGCCAAUGCCAAUUCUCGGAUCCUUGAAGAUCCGCAAGUACGACACCCACCACCUGAAAGAUCCUGUUCCGUACGUGAACCCAACUUAUGACGGCGACCUGAAAAAGUUCUCCACUCCUGAGGUGCUGCCAAAGGUCCCUCAUGGUGGGAAUGCUCCGGAACUUCCAGACUCUGUGAAGCUCAAGCGCUACAAUAAUUAUGAUUUCACCCAAAGCGAAGGCCAGAACUCCUAGAAUAUGGACCUUGUACUUCAUAUAAACCACCAGAGCCCCGACAGACCUCCUGUGUUACAGUGUUACACCCUUUCUUGACCCAUCUUUUCCCACAACAGACCACACCCACCAUCCAAACUAUAGGCCUCUGUUUUGUCGGGCAGGGUUGGGGAACUGGAGUACCACAAUCUUGUUCUGGGGGGCUAUUUGAAUAGUACAUUUCUGAGUAACUUGAGGUCACAUCAUUCAUCUUCAUGAUUUCUCCAAUUAUGAAGGUUUGUGAAUAAUGAAGGUUUUUGGUGGAAGAAAACUUGAGGUAUUAUCAGCAGCCUAGGGCCAGGGUUAUCCACCCCUGAUAGACGACAAGGUGGAGCCAGUUGAAAUAUGGAGCAAAUGCAGCUCCCAAUAUACAGUUUCCCAUCGGUCUCUGGCUCCAAUAUUCUCUGUUUCAUUGAUACUGAUACAGUUCCAGUGCCUUAUUUGUCCUUACUAUUUUGAGACUGUUAAUGUUGAUCAAUUUUCAUCAAAACAUCAUGUAUUUCCUAACACUGGUGUAUGUUAUUAUAGUGAUGUAUUUUUUUUUACUAUUUUGAGUUAUUCUGUGUUUGUGAGUAUGUGUGUGAACCAUGUGCUAGAAUUUUAGAUUAUGAAGUUGCACCACAUGUUCAGUCUUGUUUUUGCUGCUUUUUGUGUUUUUUUUUUUUACUUCAUUGUGAGAUCUUAACAUGAGGGUCAGUUAGGAUGAAGAAUAUGGGCUGUAGAAAGAGUAGUCGGAUAUACAGUAUAUUUUGUCAAGCCCCACAUGAACCUGAUACCUGUAGAUGACCUGUUUCAAGAUGGUCCUUCAUAAACUAAAAGCAAUGUUUCAUGCAGUGGUCCUUCCAUUGUGUUCUGGUAAAAGCUGUUCAAGCUAAGCUACAGGAGAGUCCAGUGUGACAUCUCUUUCAGUGGCUGUCCUAACUCUUAUGUGGGGCAGCCUGCACCAAGAAAAGAUGUACAUCAUAUGUGAUAGACUAAAAUACUGGUUUCAAA